CCCACACCCUGCGCCAGGAGCCCAGCACGGGCUGGGCUCGUGUGGAAAUUGACAGUGUGAGGGGAGGGCGGGUGGUCACCCGGUCCCUAUCAACCGGCAAAAUGAAUAAACUUCAGCGGGUCCGGUGCGUGGGGAGCGGUGGCUGGACACAGCCUGGAGUCAGAAGGCUGGGGCGGAAGAUUAUUUAUCUGGCUUAGAAGUUUUCUUCGAAGAACUUUGUACAGUGCUGGAGAAUGGCAGAAGCAGUUUUGGUUGAUCUGUUUGGUUUGGAAUUGAACUCUCAGGAAAACUGCCAUCAGACAUUACUGAAGGCACUGAAUGCUGUCCGAUACCACCAUGCUGGCAAGGCCAAGUUCCUUUGCAUAUUAUGUUGCAAUAACAUCAGCUGUGAAUGGGAUAGUGAACGUGAUAAUUGUAAAUUGGAAACAAGCAAUGAAUUGUCAGCAUUCUUGAGUGAAUUUGAGAUCAUUAGUAAUCCAAGCAUGGCUGCUUCUUUGUAUACUAUUAAGCAAAAAGUUGAUGAAAAAAAUUUGAGCAACAUUAAGGUGAUUGUACCAGUACACAGGAAAACACUAGUGAAGGCUUUUAUUGACCAACUCUUCACUGAGGUUUAUAAUUUUGAGUUUGAAGAUUUACAGGUGAAGGAUGGCCUUUUGAAGCAGUCCACUGAAAUAAACGUGAUCACAGCUCCUGAACUAGAAAAAAUACAGGAUGAAAUAGAAACAUAUUUGAGAAGUCUACCAGCACUGAAUGGAAAAUUAACUAUUAUUACAUCUCCUUUGAUCCCAGACAUUUUCAUACAUGGAUUUACUACAAGAACAGGUGGGAUAUCUUAUAUACCAACUCUUAGCUCCUUCAAUCUCUUCAGUAGUACCAAACGGAGAGAUUCUAAAGCAGUUGUUAAAGAAAAUCUCCGUAGGUUGGCGAAUACUGCAGGAUUUAAUGCUGAGAAGUUUUACCGAGUAAAGACUGGUCAUGCCAGUGAAGUCUGGAUUAUGGGAAAAAAGGAGCCUGAAUUUUAUGAUGGAAUAACCACAAAUCAGAGAGGAGUCACAAUAGCAGCUCUUGGUGCUGAUUGUAUACCUAUAGUUUUUGCAGAUCCUGUCAAAAAAGCAUGUGGGGUUGCUCACUCUGGCUGGAAAGGUACUUUGUUAGGUGUUGCUAUGGCUACAGUGAAGGCUAUGAUAUCAGAAUAUGGCUGUAGUUUGGAAGACAUUAUUGUUGUACUGGGACCUUCAGUAGGACCUUGCUGUUUUACUCUUCCCAGAGAAUCAGCACAUUCAUUUCAUAAUCUUCAUCCUGCAUGCGUAAGACUGUUUGACUCACCAAAUCCCUAUAUUGACAUCCGUAAAGCCACCAGGAUUCUUCUAGAACAAGGAGGAAUUCUUUCACAGAAUAUUCAGGACCAGAGCCAAGAUCUCAACCUUUGUACAUCCUGCCAUCCUGAAAAGUUUUUCUCCUGCGUUCGAGAUGGCCUUAACUUUGGUACACAGAUUGGCUUCAUAUCAAUUAGAGAAUGAGAUACUUGACUGGAUUUUUACAUAACUUUUCUUCCUUCUUCCAAACUGAUGGAAAGAGAAAAAUUAACUGAUUUGUGUAAAACAUAGAGGAUUACAAUGGACAAUUCAUCUUUAGCAUAUAUUUUCAUUAUUAUUAACAAAUCCAAAUGAUUUUUAUUUAAUUCUAAUGAUAACUGACUAAAAAUUAGUAUGACAUUUUAUAGAUGAAGAUGGUUUUAAAAUAUUAUUCUCCUUAUUUCUUAAAUGAGGAAUAGGUUUGUUGAAUAUUUAUUGGAUAUUUUCUAUUUUUCAGGUAUAAGGUUAAGCCUAAGUUAACUGAAAUGACUAAGACUUUUUCCCUUUGAGUCCAGCACCCUGCAGGAGAUAAACCUUACAACUCAAAUUUAAUUUUAAUAGCAAUAGAAGAGUACUGAAAGAAGAAGGGCUAAUUUUACCCAAAAGGCAAGGUAGAGAAGGUAUUACAGUGAAAAUGACACGUGGGCCCAAAGUAUGUAUAGGCUUUUAACAAGUGAAGAACAACCAUAGCAGUGAGGGAACAUCAUGAACCAAAGAAUGAAACUCUGGAAAUUUAUACCAUGUCCUAGAGACAGAACAGUGUGAGCAGAAUGAGGACUGGACAAACAGGUUAGAAAUAGAUUGGUAGGAGUCUCAAAUGCGAUGUCAAAAGUUUGGAGUUUAUUUUCCUGGCAAAUAGUAGGCAUAAAAAAGCAGAGGAGCAUUUUUAUUUCCUUGUUAUCUUAUAUAAUAUGAUGGAUUUGUAUUGUGAGAAACUAAACCAGAGAGAUUAAAUAAAGAGCUAGUAAAAAUAUUUCAAAAGAGAAAUGAUGAGGUCCCAAUAAAGCAGUAGAAUUAAAAUGGAGAAGAGAGUAGAGACAUGGAAUCAGUAGGUAAUAGAAUUGAGAGGUGAGGAAGAGUAGACAAGUCGUUGAUGAUUCCAAAAUUUCUGCUUAGGUAACUACCUAGAGUACCAACAAAGGGAGCAAAGGCUUUCAGAUACAGGAAAAGGAUAAUGAGUUUCACCCUAUCACAGAAUAAAGUGCAUGUGGAUGAAAAUUGUUGGUCAACAAUUAGAAAUAUAGAUCUGGAAUUUAAGAGGGAGGCUGGGAAAAAGACAUAGAUUUGGAAGUCAGCUAAGUAGAAAUGAUGCCUGAGUCUAUUGGAUCAUGUUGGGUCAUCUAGGCAAAAAUUAGGGUCCUUGGGCCAUAAGGAGUCCCAAGGAUGCAGCCUCAUAUAACACCUGCAUUGGAAAAGCAAGAAGCUGAAGCAGUGAAGAAAAAAAUAAAGAAAUAAAAAACAAAAGGGCAUUGUCAUUUUGAAGAAUCUAGAAUAGCUGUGGGAGGUACUCAAAGAAAUCUUCAAGGAUAAAAUAAAGAAGAAUUGAGAAGAAACCAGUGAAUUGACUUAUAAAACUGUCUGUAGCUAGUGCAGCUGAACCAGGUUUCAGAACAUUGAGGAAGAAGAUACACAUAUAUUGACUCUUACCUGACAACUUUUACUUGAGAAGAGGAAAUAAAGGGAUUUAAUCUUUUUUGUAUGGAUAGUUUUAAGUAUAUUUAUAGGCUAAAGAGAGAAGUGUUAAGCUAUAUUUAACUUGGGAAAAGGUAUAUUUUUAAUGUAAGUUGUUGCAUCUUGAAAAUAUUUUUAUGUUGUGCCUAUAUUUCCUAUAUAUAUAUGCUAUAAUAACAGCAAAUAUUAUUUUCUGGCAUUUACAAAGGAUUUAAAUAUGUAUUGCCUCAUUUACCUUUAUAGCCACUAUGAAAUACAUAGGUUAGAUGUUACCCCUUUUAUUCACAUGAGAAACUGAGUGUCAUAGAGGUGAAGUUCAGAAUCACAUAAUUUGUGAUAAGAUUAGAACACAUAUUUUGUGAUUUAAAUCUCUCAGAUUUUACAGUUAAGGCUACCUAAAUUUUAUUUUUAUCUUCAACUUUAUAUUAGUAUCAUUGAUUCAUACAUCAUUUAAAAUUUUGUUGAGGUACUGACAUAGGUUAAAAACAUACAUUUAUAGACCUCAAGAUGUUUAAUGUAGUGAAAAGUGACAGUUACUAAGCCAGAAGUUUCAGUACUGUAAUAUGUAUUGUGAGUUUGCCACAGGUUAAUACCUUGUUUAGUUUAAUUCUGCUAUGCAUCUCAUACUCCAGUGUGAAAUUUAAAUAAAGUACCUCAUUUCUUCCAAUACAGGGAUGGAAUUGAACACAAAUAACCCAGAAAUUUCAGACUCAUGCAAAAUAUUGUUUUGUUUAGUGCUAACAACAAAGAUUAAGGAAUAAUGGGCCAGAGAUUUAGCUCAGUGGUUCUGGUGCCUGCUUUGCAAACGCAGGGUCCCGAGAUCGAGCUUCGGUUCUCCCCCUGAAAAAAGAUUAAGGAAUAAUUUCACACAUUGAGAAAGCUUGAUGAGUUUCUAAUUCACUGUGUAUUAUUUUGUUUAAAGUUGUAACUUUACAGAGUAGUAGACAAUCAUUUAAUGUACUAUAAUAUUCCAAAACCAAAUAAAAUCAUUAUUUAUUAUAUAUGA